GGUUGCUUUCCGGCAGCGAACGCUGAGCCCUGGCUAUAUCCGACAGGGUAGCGUAAGCUGGUCGUGGUCUCGUGUUGCCCAUGGGCUGCAGAGCUUCAAAGUUUCUAGUGCCCCUACUGGAAUGAGCGUCUUUGAUCUUUUCCGAGGCUUUUUCGGCUUUCCUGGACCUCGGAGCUGCCCAGACCCCUCUUUGGCCCAGUUUGCUGCCCUUGUGUUGAUUUUUAUGGCUUAGACAGUGUUGAAGUCUUCGUGGCUUAUUUGCCUUCACUCUCAGCCACAGAGAUCCUUUUUUUGGAGGGAUGACUCGAGAUGAUGACGACGAUGAUGAUGAUGAUGACGAAGCGGAGGAAGACAGAGGCGCGUGGGGUCGAGAGAGCUAUGCGUUUGAUGGUUCUCAGCCUCCAGAGGAAUUCGGUUUCAGCUUCAGCCCCAGGGGAGGGAUGCGAUUCCACGGCAACUUUGGCUUUGAUGAUCUAGUACGAGAUUUUAAUAGCAUCUUCAGCGAGAUGGGGGCCUGGACCUUGCCUUCCCACUCUCCUGAACUUCCAGGUCCUGAGUCAGAAACACCUGGUGAGAGACUGCGGGAGGGGCAGACACUACGAGACUCAAUGCUUAAGUACCCAGAUAGUCACCAACCCAGGAUCUUUGAGGGGGUCUUGGAGAGUCAUGCAAAACCUGAAUCCCCAAAACCAGCUCCAGAUUGGGGGUCGCAGGGACCUUUUCAUAGGUUGGAUGAUACAUGGCCUGUGAGUCCCCAUUCUAGAGCCAAAGAGGACAAAGAUCUUGACUCCCAGGUUUCCCAGGAAGGUCUGGGUCCACUUCUUCAACCCCAGCCCAAAUCGUAUUUCAAAAGUAUCUCUGUGACCAAGAUCACUAAGCCAGAUGGGACAGUGGAGGAACGCCGCACUGUGGUAGACAGUGAGGGCCGGAGGGAGACCACAGUGACCCAUCAAGAAGCCCAUGACAGUUCCAGAAGUGAUCCAGACUCUCAGAGAUCUUCAGCUUUGGAUGAUCCCUUUUCCAUUCUGGAUUUGCUACUAGGACGUUGGUUUCGGUCCCGAUAGCGUUCUUAAACAGAGGCCUUCAGGUCCUUCCCACUCCCUUCCUGUUGCCCAUUGCCAAUAAGCUUAGCUCUGUCUGUCAUCCCAGGGUCUUAAAUGUGUGAAACAAUUAAUUGAGCUUAUGCCAGUCUGUCAUUCAUCCAAAUUGACCAAUAAAGCCUUUAUUUAUGCUAAA